AUGGUUCGUUUGACCUAUGCUCUGAGAGGUCCUCCUUCGAGAGAAUCCAAUGACAUGAAGAUCGAGUUUAGAACGGUUGAUAUCGCGAUCAAGCUCGAGCAAUUCACUGAAGAUUUUCUUUGCAAUGUCAAUCCCAAGGGCAAGGUCCCUGUGCUGUAUCAUCCGACCCUCCUCUCUCAUCCCAUGUCUGAGAGUAUUGCUAUUAGCGAUUUUAUCUGUGACCGAUAUCCAACCCUUCGGCCCCCCGAACAUGCUGGAACGAUAGACGAGUUGAUCAAACAACUUCAUGAUAUCAGCUUUUAUUCUUUGACCUACCAAACUCGCCCUGAACACCCAGAAGCCAUGCGAUUGAAGCUCCAGGAGCUGAUGAAUCAGCCUGACGUCUCGCCGCGGUACAAGGAUGCUUUGCAGAACAAAAUCAAACUGAAUGACGAAGAAAAGGUGAUAGGCCUCCAGGCGCCAAGCGUGGCAGAGAACAUCGAGAAGGCCAAAGCCUUCUGUGAAAAGAUGGAAUGUCUCCUUGCAAAUCGGCCGGGUAGUGAGAGCAUGUAUCUCUUUGGGGACAACCCAACGGUGUUGGACGCCCACACGCUUCCAUUCCUGAUCCGAAUGCAGGACGUCGGUAAAGAGUUCAUCAUUCCGGAUGGGUUGGCCAAGUAUAUGGGGACUCUCAAGAGACAGAAAGAAUGGGAGGAGAUUAGUCCCAAUGGAAAGACAAUUCCUGAUAUGUCCCUCGCAGGACUAAAAGACGCAUCGUUGAUCAAGGCGUCUGUGGAAGCGUCCAAGACUCGAACGAGAUGA